AUGCUCUUUUUAUUUCACGAAAGUAAUAUGCGGAGAUCUGCAGCACCAAGUCGUACUAGUCAGUCUCAAGAUCUGUCGAUAAAUUCCAACCUCGUAAAGACGGCUGAGUACAAGUCAGUUUCACACUGUUCCUCAAGUCCUAAAAUGAACAAUACGCCUACAAAUUUUAAUUUAUCUCAUGCUACGAAAUGUUCCAGGUAUUUCGAGGCUGUAUAUGCUAAAGCAUCGACUAAAAAGCAUAAAAAAUGGGAAGGGGAUGGUUUUGUAGAGGUUGAAGGUCGAAUCAUAAAGCUUAUCAAUGAAGAUUUGAAAGUAAUAGCAUCUGCUUCUGGUCAUAAAUUAGCUUUUUUAAAUGAAAUUGAUAUUGGUUCGGUUGUUCAUAUUGGGUCUUAUGAAGCAGAGCUUAUUUCACUGAUAGAGAAGCCACAGUUAAUUAAUCUUUCCUCAAAAUCAAAUGAUGGCACUGAGGCGUUACAUGCACCGGCAAAAAUUUCGACAAGCAAACCAAGCACAAAUCUCAGUUUCUCACCAAAGACGAAUUCCAAAUCAAAACUGAAUGAGUCCUGGGGUUCUUCAAACCAUCUGGUUAUGCCCAAGCCUCCUGCUAACUGCAUUUGGUCUCAGAAUCCCGACAACCUUCCUAUUGUGGAUGUAGUUUUAGAGUCGAAGUUUGCUUCACGUCUACAGCCACAUCAAUGUGAAGGUAUUAUUUUCUUGUAUAAAUGUUUAAUGGGAUUUCAACCGUAUGUUACUUUAAAUGAAUCUGAUGCACAAAUUACUUAUGGAUGCAUUUUAGCGGAUGAAAUGGGUCUUGGUAAGACAGUUCAAGCUAUUGCCACCAUUUGGCUAUUAAUUAGACAAGGACCGUACGGAGGUAGACCGGUUAUUCAACGUUGCCUUAUUGUAACUCCAGGUACACUUGUUCAGAAUUGGCAAAAGGAAUUCUCCAAAUGGUUAGGUCGUGAACAGUUACCCGUGUAUUGUGUAGAUCAAAAUCAUUCUGUUAAAAAAUACCUAACAAUGUCCAGUGAUUCACCGCAGGUUAUUCUUAUGUCGUAUGAAAUGUUUCUACAGCAUACUAGUGAAAUCUAUGAAAUUUCCGACUUGGAUAUGGUUGUUUGUGACGAAGGGCAUAGAUUAAAAAAUGCCAAUAUCAAUACAACUAUGGCACUUUGUCGACUACGUGCACGUAGACGUUUACUAUUAACUGGGACUCCAUUACAAAAUCAUUUGAAUGAAUUAUGGUCAUUGGCUAAUUUCUGUGUACCAGGACGUUUAACUUCAAGUUUAGAAGAGUUUCGUCGUCAAUUUGUUAUACCACUAUUAAAUAGUCGUAACUUAGUACAAAAUGUUAAAAACAAUCUUUACAAUGAUGAUGAUUGUGAUUCUUGGAGUUAUACAAACUAUGAGAAGAAUUGUGAUGAUUUAGAAAGUCCAUCAGCCAAAUUAUUCCGACUAUUGAACAGUUUCUUUUUAAGACGCACAUGUGAUGUCAUUGCACCAAAACUAACUGAUAAAACUGAACAUAUUUUGUUUUGUCGUCCGAGUAAACUGCAAACCGAUUUGGAAGCUAUACUUACACAGUGGAUGAAUAAUGAAUUUAAUUUAAGUCGAUGUGAAUCUCUUAAAUUAUUCUCACACGAUGAUGAUUAUGAAGAUUUUGUUAAAUCUGUGGAAAGCGUAUCGUCAUCACGUUCAAAACACCAUAGUUCCAUUUUAUCAAUUAUAACAGCAUUUCGAAAACUCCAUAAUCAUCCAUAUCUAUUAAGAAAUUAUUUAAUACAGUCGAAUUCUACACAAAAUCAAUCAGUUGAUCGUCUACCUACAAAACUGACUGCAGAUUUGCUCCGUUUGUUGAAUUCUGAACAUUCAAUAGUGGCACAAGAUCUCUGUUUUACAAAUCUAAAUGAAUUUAUUCAAUUAUCUGGAAAGUUCCACGUUCUUUAUAUCAUGCUGAGACGACUGUUUGACAAACAACUGUCAUCUUCGUCCACAGUGAAUUUCCAAAAAAAACCGCGACUAUCCAACAGUAAUAGUAAAAAUAGUUUACAUAUUAAUGAUCGUCUUGUAUUAGUUUCCAAUUUUACUCAGACACUUAAUCUUUUGGAGAAAUUAUGUAAUCUAGUCACUGGACAACCAUCUCUUCGAUUAGAUGGUCAGACAACGAAUAAACAACGCGCUGAAGUUGUUCAGAGAAUCAAUGAUCCAACAUCUCAUGAUCGUAUAUUACUGCUUAGUUCACGUGCGGGUGGAGUAGGUUUAAAUUUAAUUGGUGCCAAUUACUUAAUUUUGUUCGAUAUGGAUUGGAAUCCAGCAAAUGAUGCACAAGCUAUGGCUCGUAUUUGGCGUCCGGGACAAACUAGAUCGGUUAAUUUAUACCGGUUAGUAACAGCAAGUGGUAUGGAAGAACGUAUAUUUCAACGACAAGCAGCUAAAUUAGCUUUAACCAGUCAAACAUUAGUCAAUACAUCAAUGUAUAAUGAAAAUAUUUUGGAAUUUAUUGAGACAAAAAAGAAACCUGAUAAAAAUCUUGGAAUUCUUACUCCUGAUGAAUUGAAAGAAUUAUUUCUCCUUCCCAAUACAUCAUCAGGGUCAUGGACUCAUGAACUUAUUCAGUGUAAUUGUAAUCAGUCUCUAGAAAAGAAACCUUUCACCCCAAGUCCUUCUCUCUCAUCAUCAUCAGACAUUGAAAACUAUGAUUCUGCCGAUGAAAUUGUAGUGAAGACUUUUAUAGAUUAUUCUCAUGAACUUGACGAUAAAGAGAACAGAAAAGAAGAAAUCGAAUCAUCAGAACACACUACUGGUAUUAUCAAUGAUGAGAAUGAAGACGAUGAAUAUUCCAAUAUUAGAAUAUUUCAAUUAGGUUCUACAAAUCCACUUAUUACUGAGAGCUUGAAAUCACCCAAAUCCCAAUUCACCUAUUUGAAACAACAGUCAGCUUCAAUGCCAACGACAACUCAUAAGUUACCAUCAUCUGAUUCACUUGGUUUUCUAUUGAAUUGGAAACAUUCUUUUUCAUCUGAACAAAUAGAUCAGUUGAAUGAUCGACUUUUAAUAACACAUCAAUCGGACCCUAUGAAAUCCUUAAUAAACUGUAUAUUUACACUAAAUUCGAAAGCAUCUUAAGUAUUUAGUAUUUUUUAAGUUAUCUUCAUUAUAUCGAUUAGUUUUCUCACCUCUCUUCACACCUUUCUUGGAUAACGACUUGAGUGUAUUCAUAAACAGUCUUAUUUAUAAUGCAUACCGUUAAGUGCUGUUUGUGUAUUGGGGAAGAUGUUCAUUAAAAUACAUAUUGUCCUUCAAUAAAUGAAAAUGUGGCUAUUGUUAGGUUUGUCGGGUCAAACGAAGUUUGAAGAUUGUAUUGGCUUUUCGGAUUAUUUAUG